GACGAUGGGUGGCUUGUUCAGUUCACGGUGUCGCAGCAAGGCUCGGCUAGACGGCAAGACGGCCAUCAUCACUGGCGCCAAUACAGGCAUUGGCAAGGAGACAGCGAUGGACCUGGCACGCAGAGGAGCGACAGUUGUGCUGGCGUGCCGAGACGAGCAGAAGGCGGAGGCGGCGGCGACAGAGCUGCGGAAGCGUCUGCGGAGCUACCAGGGAGCGGGAGAGGUGCGCGUCCAGAGGCUGGACCUCUCGUCGCUGACCUCGGUGCGAGACUGCGCGCGCCGCCUGCUCGAGCAGCACCCCAACAUACACCUGCUCAUCAACAACGCGGGCGUCAUGGCGUGCCCACGCAGCCUGACGGAGGACGGCUUCGAGAUGCAGCUGGGCGUCAACCACCUGGGCCACUUCCUCUUCACCUGCCUGCUGCUGCCCAGGCUGCGCGCCUCUGCUCCUGCUAGGAUCGUCGUCGUCUCUUCCCUAGCUCAUCGCAAUGGAUCUAUCAAUUUCGACGAUCUGAUGUGGGAGAAAUCGUACAGUGCAGUCGGCGCCUACGGACGUAGCAAGCUCGCUAAUAUCUUGUUUGCCAAAGAACUGGCAAAGCGACUGGAAGGUAGCGGCGUAACGACGUACAGCCUGCACCCUGGUGUUAUCGCGACCGAAUUAGGCCGCCAUUUAGACGACUCGUUUUUCCCGGGCCUCAGCUGGAUCUUUGGCAAACUGGGCCGCCUCUACCUGAAAUCACCGAAGCAGGGCGCUCAGACCACCAUAUACUGCGCCGUUGAAGAGAGCAUCAGCAAUGAAAGCGGACUCUACUACAGUGGGUGCAAAAAGGCGUCGCCCACACGGCGGGCGCGGAACGCGGAAUCGGCGCGCCGCCUAUGGGAGGAGAGCUUGCGACUUGUCAAGCUGAACGACUGGGACCCCUGCACCGCGCCUGACGGAUCGCAGCCGCUCUGAACUGCCCCUGCACCACGUCGCCAACUACCAUCUUCUCGCCGCCAUGCAACUAAGGCGCUUGCUCUCUCUCGUAAAUCACGUACCUUUACUUCGGUGUAGAGCAGCAUCACUGUCCACGCAAUGUGGACAAGCAUCAUCUUGUCACCAUACAGCUAACUUGCAACAGGAAAACUUGCUCUCUGUCGUAAAUCACACGAUUUUACUUCGAUGAUGAGUAACUGCUGCUUGCGAGACAAGACACGAGAAUGAGAUUCCUGCCUGUUUUCAUUUUGUAUUCGUAUGAUCAAUUUUUCAGUUUAAGAUUCGCUAUUGUCUUGAAAGACUGUUUUCAAAUAAUUGUCUUGCUGGAGUUGGAAGCUUCUAUUGACGUUUUUUUCUGAGAGUUUGCGAAUUACAUUUACGUUUUUUAAGCUGCAUCUUCUGUGAACACAAUAUAUUUCUUUUUCAUAUUUUUUAUCGAACAUGUUUCGAUACCUGUUUUUCAUUUUCAAAGGGUCUCGCUUUAUUUCUGUAAAAAUGUUGUACAACAUUCGUUGUUGAUUUUCUAUUUUAGGCCUAUAAACUAUAAGAUGUGCAUUUUUUUCUUUUCUUUUGGUAGCUCAUAUGAAACUACAUCAACUGGGAAUGUGUGUUUGUACAGGUUGACCUGCUUUUUUGCAUUUUUAUGGCUUAAUUGCAUGUGAUCUGCUAUGUAUUCGGAAUAAUAUGCUUAAAGUAAAAAAUAUAUUUUGCUGUCUUAGAAAUUUUUA